AUUCCUUGGACUUAUGAUAUAUAGUGAACUCAAAUUUAGAUAGAUAAAUACUAAAUCUUAUAUAAAAAUGAAUAUUUUAGUGUAUGUUCAAUUCUCGUCUUAAAUAUAUUUCUCUUAUAAACAUGGUGUAUCUUUACUGGGCAAAUUAAAAAAAAAAACUCAAGUUUUCACUUUUUCUCGUAAAACAUGUUUUUUAUUUUAUUUCUACAAUAUUUUUUAUUUUUUAGAAGAUAAGAUUAUCUUUAUCCUUCGCGCCCGAUCGAUUGAUAUUUUGAUUUCGUUGUGACUAUUUUUGUCUCAUGGUUGCAUUGUGAGGCAUAGUUAAUUUUGCACGAUUGUCUUCGUCUUAUUAUGCUCUAUAUUACACUCCUCUUUAAUUUUCAAUCUUUUUUGUCUUCAUGUUGUCUACUUAUAUUGGGAAGCCACUCUACUCGACCUCUCGAGUAGGUGGUAUUCUCUUUUUCACCUCACUCUCAUCACUCUUUAUCUUCGGAACUCUGUUGUGGUCAUCUUCGCCCAAGAAAAUCCUUUGAAGAAAUGGUAGGACAAAACUUUCAUAGGCAAAAAAAAAAGUACUAUACCAAAAAAAAAGUGAACCUUAGGCUUUCUUCCAAAAUUUAUCUAUUUUUUAUUUCUAAUAAAUUUAUUUAAAUAAUUUAUCUUAUUAUCUUAAAUAGAUAAAUAAAUAAACCUUUGUUGUCAUCCCGGAAAUAGACCUAUAUAUAAAUACAUCGACACAUGAAGCUGAUGGAUGAAGUCAGGCGGCAUCACAGCGGACGGACGGCUUUAGCGGGACUGCCUAUUGCUUGUAGUGGAGCGCUUCUCUCUCUCUCUCUGCGUUCCUCAAUCUCUGCUACCGCGAGGGCGAUCGGCCGUCCUGGGUUCUCGACGGAAUGCAGUAAGUCAAUCUCCUCACUGGUGGCGUAUCUCGUGACUACGGCGCGCAGGGGCGGUGUUUGUGAUAAGUCCUCCCUUGUUCUGGCCUGUAUCAAGCGGGCGGGUGAAGCUCCUUCUUUCGUUGCUUUGAGGCCGCUCGAUGUGUGUGAUUAGUCCUUUGGAGUUCUUGGCUGGAUUGGGUGGUCGAGGCUCCUCAUUUCGUCGUUUCGAGGCCUCUCUGAGUGUUUGCGAUAAGUCCUUCCGUGUCCUUGGCUGGGCCGGGUGCGCGAGGCUACUCAUUUCUUUGUCUCGAGGCGCGCAGGAGGCUCGGGACGAGGGUCUUCCCUUCUAUUUUCGGAGACAGCGGAGUUCAGGUUCGGAUUCGUCAUCGGCGGCGGGGAUGGCGUUGGCAACUCCGUGCAGAAUCUGUUGGCUUGCCUCUACCGGACUCAGCUCGGUAGCCGUUCUUGCUUCAUCGGCACUACGUGGAGCAAAGUGAUCGAGGGGCCAAGGGUUGAGCACGGGGAUUGAGGGUUGUGACGGCCAGUGCCUCUGCAAAGUGGACAUCAAACCGUGGGCUUUAUCCACGAAGAAAUGAUCUAAGAGGUGAGAGCAGCAAAGUGGACAUCUUCUGAGAUUUGUCUGUUGCCAAGUUUGGGAUGGGAACUCAGCCAUUGGAAGGUUACUAUGUCACUGUCUUCUUUGAUCUCCAGAUGGUCCUCCUGCUCGUCGAUCUGGCCAAGGAGGCCCACAAUAAAACUACAGCGUGACCCUCUGUAUUCAAAUGUGGUUUUGGUGGCCAUGAGGGAACCCAUAUAUGGGAAGACGGUCCGACAAUGGACAAAUUCAUCAUGUUGCAAUUGGGUCAAGCUAUUUGUGUGGGAAUUCCAUGGAAACCAGGCAAUCCUGGUUGACAUCCUUCCCCAUAGAGGGUUUCAGACAAUUCCAAUUUCAAGGCGUUGGCUUUUCAUUGAUGUUACAUGCUUCAAUAAACAAGAGGAUGGAAAUGGACUUCCACCUGAGCCUAAAGCAGACUGAGGGUUGUUUACUCUCCUUUUCUGCUCAACCUGCAUUCAACCACCACCAAUGAGCCAAUAAUAUACCCACCUUCACUUCUCCUGCAGAUGG